AUGUCCAGCUACCCUGAGCCCGACAGCCAGCAGCAUUACACUCUGUAUCCUGCUCCGGGCCAGCAACAAUUGUUGGACCCUGUCCAGCAGGACCAGUUGCAAUUCAGCCAGCUCGGUCAGCUUGGUCAAGCCAUCUACCCAAAGGCCGAGGGCGAGCGCAUCGAGCAGCUGCAGCAGCAACCGCCACACCCUCAGCCUCAACAUCAGCACCAACAUCAACAUCAACAUCCUCUCCAACAGCACGACCAGCACCAUGACCAACAUCAACAACCUCCUCUAGGUCCCCUCCACCGCCGCCAACCGCACAACCUCAAGGCCCUCAAGUCCAAGGAGAGACUCCACAAAAGGCCAAUCGUCUGCGCAAGGCAUGCGACUCGUGUAGUAUUCGCAAAGUCAAGGUACGCUGCAUCUGUUGUGCCAUCUGGCCCGCCAUGCCGAGCUUGCGCUGCUCUAGACAUCCCCUGCACAUUCGAACGUCCUAGUCGCCGUCGUGGUCCUCCAAACCGUCAUGCAGAAGCCAUUAAGCGUCGCCGCCUCGAGGAGUCGCCGCACAUCAGCGGCCAGUCGACGCCCUCUUCUCCUACACACGCCGCACAAGCCCUAGCAGCUCUGUCUUCUCACCCCACUCACCCUCCUAUCUCGGCCGAAUCCAUCUGCGACAUCCAGACCUUGGAUCUCCUUGUUAAUGACUUCUUCACAUACAUCCACCCGCUGUGUCCUUUCCCACACGAACCCAGUUUCCGCGAAGCCUGGAAGAGAAGAGAAGACUACAAUAACCGUGCCUUCUUAGCACUGCUAUCUUCAAUGGUUGCGGCUCUCGUAGCCUCCUUCCCACGAAAGCCUAGGCUGCACCUCAAAGCUCAACGCAGAGAGCUCGACUUUCCCAACCACAUGGCGCUUGUGUUGAAAUGUCAGAAGGUUUGCGCCGAUGCUCGUGGACCAGGCUAUCUCGAUAGUGAGAAUCUGAGUGUCCAUGAUGCUGCGACUAGCUACUUCCUUGGUCUCUCAGCUUGCUACACAUUCAGAUGGCGCCAAUGUCGCUUAUACUGGAGUGAAUGUCUGACUAUCAUCAGGGCUCUCGGCCUGCACAAGCCGACCGAGCAGAACUUCACGCGCUUGGGAAUGUUGCCAGCAGCUGUUGGUUCGAACGGUCCCAAUGUCGAAGGAAACCGUGACGACGUUCUCGACAACAUCACUCUCGAGAUGGGCAGAAGAAUCUUCUGGACCAUGUUUGUGAGCUCAAAAACAAUCCAUCAGUGCGGCUCUGCUUUCAGCGAGCUUGUUAUCCCGCCCGAGACUCCAUCCAUGCCUUACCCUCCACUUCCUGUUGAGGUUGACGACUUCUGCAUCUUCCCUGGACACAUCGAACCGCAACCUCCUGGCCUUGUUCCUAUGAUUGCUGGCUUCCNNAAUGCUAAUGUCAGGAUCUUCAUGUCUUACAGUCCUCUUUCAACGAUGGAGCUGGCUUGGGGCGUUGAUGCCUUAGUCGAUAUCGAUCGCCAGAAGAAGGUUCUCCAUGAUUCACUCGAGCGAUGCAAAUCGGCUAUCAGAGAGCUACCACCUGUGCUUGUCAUCUGGCCGACUGACAACAACCCCUUCGCCAACCACAACGGAAACGAGCUCGGACUCGAUUUCUCAAACACAUCGUAUGCACGCGAUCCAGCAACUUUGAACCCCAACACCGUGGACGCCACGCCAGAGGAUCGGAGAAGACGUCAAUACGAGAUUCAAAAAGCAAACAUUCACGGCAGCGGCCUAUGCACACGGUCCUACAUUGUAGAGAAGUAUUUCACUCUGAUCGAGGCGCAGGCUAGAAGCAAGCUCCAGGCAGAGAAUGCUGAAUCUAGCUUGUCGAGCGAAGUUGCUGCAGAGCUUGAUGGAUUGCUCUCAGAUGGAUCGUCGGCCGAUGCAUUGGACCGCGAGAUGUCGGAAGAGCGCGAGGGCAUCGUGAGGGACUUGCUUUCUGUUCUGAGCAGUAUCGACAGGGUUAAUAUGGAGCCGAACGCGGACAGCCUCAUUCGCGUAGUAACAAGCACCCUCCUCGAAGUGCCCAAAUCUCGCAAGGGACAAGUGGCACAGCAAGCUGAGGACUCCCUCAAAGAAUUCCUCGAGAUUCUGGUCAAGCUGGAACGAGUGAACCCUGGACAUGACGACCCUCACAACGUGAAUGACGAAGAAACCGAGCAGCGACACUGGGCGGAUCUUCGUGAGUAUCAACUCAAGUUCGCACAGCAAGGCGGAUUGUCUAGUCUCGGUUGA